UUCUCACUUACUAAAUUAACGGAUCAAAUGCAUAUUUUGCCAUGCGAGUUCGAGGUCUAUGUUGGUUGGUGUGUCAAUUGUUGUUCCGUUCUUUCUUGGAAAUCGUUGAAAUGUGAAACGACAAAAGAUUGACUCAGGGGGUUUGAGUGCGUGUCACACUGCCAAGAAUCCCUAGAAUGUCGAGAGAAGCCCUCAUGCAUUGAAAAUGAAUGUUAGAGUCCUGUGAGAAUAUAAUCACAAGCAAGGCGAGUCAAAAUUCCAAAGCUAGUCGUCGAUAGCGUUCCUAAUAAACUCUUCUUUUUCAAGAGAGGAGGUUUAUUUAACCUUCGCUAUUCUGGCGACAGCCAUGCAUGAUAACUAUAGUUUUAGCGGGUCAACUCUGUAUGACGGCGAGGGACAGAGUGCUAAAGACCUACGGCAUUACAGAGGGAAGAGCAAAAAGACGUGGAUUGCRUCUCACUUCGCCAGGAGAGAAUGUAUUCGCUUUGUUGAGAAGCCGAAUAAAGAUGGGGCGGAUAAAAGCGGGGAUCCCGAAUGUUGCUGUGGUCGUAAGAAAUCAAGACACAAGCAAUCAUCUUUGAAUGCAGACCCGACAUUGACUGAAUGGACACCAGAGCGAUGCACCAAACGACUUCCUACUAACGCAUAUGGCGAGAUAGACUUCCAGGGAACUGGUUCACAGAAGAGAGCACCGUAUAUUCGAGUGUCACACGACACAGACGCCAAUCAGCUGCUCGAUCUGAUGCUUAAACGAUGGGACCUCGAGAUACCUAAUUUGGUCAUCUCUGUUACGGGUGGCGCCAAAAGUUUUGUGCUCAAACCUCGUCUGAAGGAGGUGUUUAGGAGAGGUUUGGUGAAAGCCGCAAAGACUACCGGUGCAUGGAUUAUAACAGGUGGUACUAAUGCAGGAGUAAUGAAACAUGUUGGWGAGGCCGUCAGAGAACAACAACUAAUGCUUGGCGUUGACUCAGAAGUAAACGUCAUUGGCAUUGCUUCCUGGGGUAUCGUGGAUAAACAGAAAGCUCUCAUUCAAGCCAAGGGAGAGAAUGGUCGAUAUCCUGCCGUUUACAACAUGGAGCCGACAGAAGGAUGGAAAGGUGCAAUGCUGGAUUCUAAUCACUCGCACUUUAUCCUUGUCGACAAUGGAACUUAUUGCRAAUAUGGUGUUGAGAUAAGUCUGCGGUCAGUUUUUGAAGAAGCCAUCAUGAAGUUGCAGACGGACUCACGGUCCAAAUCCGGAUCAAUUGGGGUUCCUGUGGUACUGCUAGUUUUGGAAGGAGGGCCAAACACRAUACAAACAAUGUACGAACUAAUCAAGAAGAAGGUCCCAGCAGUAGUGAUUGAUGGCAGUGGUAGAGCAGCAAAUGUAGUCGCGUUCGCUUACGGUCACACCAUCAAGAAAUGCGUUGAUGGGCAGACGAUCUGCGUGAUUGACCCAGCYUACGAAGACCAAGUCAAGGAAAAAGUCACAGAAGUCUUCUCGUUCCUUGGUGAGAGUGGUGUGAACAGAUUGUUUAAACAGAUCAAGGCGGUACUUGAAGACGAAAAAAUGGURUCAGUUUAUCGGCUUGACGAUGGUGCUAUAUCACAAGAAAUCGACUUGGCGAUCCUUAAGGCUUUGCUCAAAGCCAAUCGGUCAAGUCCAUUGGCUCAGCUGAACCUGGCCCUUGCAUGGAACAGAAUUGACUUGGCGAAGAGUGAUAUUUUUACUGAAGACCGAAUAUGGACGACUGAGCAGUUAUCAGGACCAAUGCUAACAGCACUGCUUGAUGACAAAGCAGACUUCGCCGAGCUGUUCCUCAGCAGUGGUCUUAGCAUGAGCGAGUUUCUUAGUACAGAAAUCCUCUGUCAACUGUAUGCGGGGGUACCACCCAACAGUACCAUCAAGCCCAUACUUCAAGAUGAAAUGCAAAACCGUCAAGUGAGCUCCAUCGAUAUGCAGGUUGUAGGCGGGGUGAUAGAAAAACUCAUGGGCGAUAUGUACCGAAGUCAUUACCUCAGAGACGCUUGUUACUCUAGUGAUCCGGACUCAGGCCCGCAGAACAAUGGUGGGGGCAUGACUCUUAAAAGAAUGAUGAGCAAAUCUUCUAUACCAGUUCCAGCAAACAUAAGYGGAAUUGAUCUCAUCCCCACCCCCUAUCGGGAUGUAUUUCUGUGGGCCGUGUUGUGCAACAGAAGGGAGCUUGCUAGAGUUUUGUGGGAAGCUGGUCGUGAACCUGUUGCUGCAGCCUUGAUGGCGUCCAAACUGUUAAGAUCCAUGGCUGARAAGUCUCACACAGAUGACACAAUCACUGAUAUCAGUAAAGAUCUCAAAGAACACGCCAAUAUUUUUGAAGAAAGAGCGACCGGGGUUCUGAAUGAAUGCUUUGAAGAAAACGAGACACUAUCACAAACGCUGUUGGUCCGUGAGCUCGAUAACUAUGGGUACCUGACUUGCCUUGAUCUAGCUGUAUCAGGUGAAAGCCAAGACUUUAUUGCUCACACAGCCUGUCAGUUGUUACUCACACGACUUUGGAUGGGAGCCAUGGCAAUGAACACCACUUCUUUGAAGGUCAUUCUGUGUAUGUUUGUGCCAUUUAUGAUUUUCCCCAUCAUUUACUUCGUUCCUGACGUGCAUCAGGAGCGUGAAGUAGCUGCCCAAGAGCACGAAAAAUCCCUGGACAACAAAGAACCUACUCCUUUGGUUCCGACCUACAAAUCCAAGAAAGAGGAUCUGGAGAACUUUGAUGAGGAGUCGUUAGUUGGAGUUGACGAAGAAGAAGAGGCGUUUUCUUUAGAAGAGUAUAUUCCAGAWCUAAGACAAGACAACUCAGUAGAAGUUAUGAUGAGAUCCAAGAAGCUUGGUUAUUGUCAACGAAUAUACGCUUUCUAUUCUGCCCCAUUCACGAAAUUUGURGGCAAUGUGGUUUCCUAUGUGGCUUUUAUCUGUCUGUAUGCCUACGUCAUCAUGGUGAAUUUUCCGAGAUUUGAACCGAAAAAGUCCCUUGGCGGGAUAAGCGCUGCAGAGAUCUUGCUCUACUUCUGGGUUUUCUCUUUACUCAUCGAAGAAAUUCGCCAGUUGGCUUCCAAGGCACCCAAACAUUUCUUAGACAAGGUGAGCAUCUACUUCAGCGACCCGUGGAACUCAAUAGACAUUUUAUCCAUAUUGGCUUUUGUGGUGGCUAUCAUUCUUCGCUUCUUUCCUUACGAUAACACAUUCAGCGCAGCCAGGAUCAUCCUAUCCCUUGAUAUCAUCAUUUUUAUCGCUCGUUCUUUGCAAAUAUUUUCGGUGAACCGUCAUCUUGGUCCCAGGCUUGUCAUGAUUAGAAAAAUGAUGGAUGAUUUGAAGCAGUUUGUCAUAAUAUUACUAGUGUUCCUCGUAUCGUACGGGAUAUCCCUCGAAGCAGUYAUGUUCCCGGGACCUGGCCCAUAUGCUCGAAACGACACAUGGAAGUCCAUCUGGGGAGUGUUGGAGCUGCCCUAUUGGCAGAUGUAUGGAGAAUUGUUCCUUGAUGAGAUCAAAGGUGAAAGGCCGGAUGAUUUUGGCGUCGUUGAACCGAUAGGUCAAAAAUUAUCUCCUCUUCUCCUCGCUGCAUACAUGUURUUUGCUAACGUGCUGCUUCUUAACCUUCUCAUUGCCAUAUUCAGUUACACAUUCGAACUCAUCCAAGAAGACUCAGAUAAAGUGUGGAAGUUCCAACGAUAUGAUUUAGUUCUGGAGUACCAUAACCGGCCGAUGUUCUCGCCUCCUCUCAUCCUUAUCGGUCAUUUAUUUGUCUUUAUUCGUUGGGUCUGGCAGCUUUGUGGAUGUGCAAAUCCACCUCCCGGAGGGAGUUCUAUGAAAUUAAAAUUGACUGAAAUUGAGAUGGAACAGAUUGACAACUGGGAAUUCCAGGCUGCAGAAACCUUCUCAUUCCAAAGAUUGGCGGAGAAUAAUGACCAACUGCAAGUACGAGUCAAAUCACUAGGAGAUAGAGUUGUGACCAUGUCCAAUGCGCUUGAUCGCCUCGUGGAUAAAUCAAUUGAUGACCCUAACAAACAGAUCACCAAUGAAAAUACAAAAGCCAUUGACCCCAUUACCGAUAGCAUAAAGCCCGUUCUUCACCAUAUCCACAGUCAACUAUCAGAAGAGCUGAAGUACCUGACGAUAAAGUGUCUUGGGACGUAAGCUUUCCUGACUAUUCUCCUGUAGAAUACACAGCACCUGUGGUCCUCAGUAAGCCUCCAUGGGCKGACCCUGACCUCAUGUCCAUGUCAGUCCAUGCUCGACCAGAGCUAAAGUACAACCAAAUUGAUCAAGUGCACAACGUCGACAGAACAAGCUACACUGGAGAGUACAAAGUCAAAGAUGGACUUCCUCUAAACCCAAUGGGAAGAACAGGAAUGAAAGGUCGAGGUCUUCUUGGACGUUUUGGCCCUAACCAUGCCGCUGACCCCAUAGUUACACGUUGGAAGCGAACAAAUGCUGGUGUGGUCCUGGAAAACGGCAAGAAAGUGCUGGAAUUUGUCGCCAUUCUGCGUAAGGACAACAACCAAUGGGCCAUUCCUGGGGGUAUGGUAGAACCAGGUCAAGUUGUUACCCAGGCUCUCAAGGCCGAGUUUGGAGAGGAGGCCUUGGCCAAGUUGAACACGAGUCCUGAAGAAAAAGAUAAGAUUGCAAAACAGAUUGAACGUCUGUUCCAACAUGGAGAAGAGGUAUACAAGGGUUACGUGGAUGAUCCAAGGAACACAGAUAACUCUUGGAUGGAAACCCUGGCUGUCAAUUUCCACGAUGACAAGGGAGACCUGUUCAAUGAAUUUAAGCUGCAGGCUGGAGAUGAUGCGGCAGCAGUACGAUGGCAGCGAGUCAGCGGUAACAUCCCUCUUUAUGCCAGUCACGUGGCUAUCCUAGAGAGAGUGGCCAAAAUGAGAGAUGCAACUUUUUAGACGUAAAAGCAAUUCAAAUAUGAAUUCACUUUAAAAAUGGCUAGAAUAUUUCAAAAAAUGUCUGUUCUAUUCAAAAGACAGAAAUUCGCACUUGAAGCACGUUCCGUUGACACACGACGAAAUUGCCAUGAUUACCCCCUCGUACCCAGACCCUACUCAUUACUGAGCCAAAUCGUAGGCUCUGGGAUAUCCUAACGUAGCGUCCUCCGCAUGGCAUGUUACACGGCAUCAAUUUUUUGCUCAAUGGAGUACCGCGAAAAAUCGUCGUUGCUAAUCGUCCUGUGUAACAAUGAGAAAAACAGUUUUGAAAAAUUCUUCAAAAUUCUUCUUGAAAAUUUGUUAGAUUUCUUGUAAUUUUUAUUCUAACCAACGUAAAUGGUAAGUCCCGAUAUCUAAAAUAUCUCUAGAUAUUGCUUUAUGUUUGAGUAGUUUGAUCAUUUGGUCACUGUGUUUCCAGACUUUGCUUUUCUUAGCUUCUUCGCAAGAGAUAUUCUCAAUUUAGUGAUGCAGCAUUCAAAUUUAAUUUUUUCUCUCUCUAAAGAGUCUAGGUCUCAUGAAAAUUUAGGUUUCACAUAAUUAGUCGCUACCGCCUCAUUUUCCAUAAAUGCCAACCUAAAAAUAGCACCUUUGUAAUCCCAGUCAGCCAAUCAGAUCACUUGAAAUUGUAGUGUUUUCCAGAGCCUACGAUUUGGCUAAUGAGUAAUUUUUGGGUACGAAACUGGCUCGCCUACUUCACAGAUAGACGAGGAAAUGUACGAGUCAGCUGUACCAAUGCUGUUCCCUCGUCUGUCGGUUCGCACAAAGGCUUGUAAUGAAGCCAUCGCGAAUGAGAAGGUCAGUUUAGUGUCCGAGUACAUUGAGAAAUGAUCCGCUACACAAGAAGUAGUCAUUAUUUAUAGUUAUCAAUAUGGAUCUACGAGGAAAAUAUUCCAUUCCAUCAUUAGUUAGGUAAACGUCAGAUAUUAUUUUUGUAUUGUUCUCUAAUAGUCGUUAUUAGCAGAAUUUAUCUCGGGGUAAUUUCUACAAAAUAUAUGGACCAUCCAACAAAUGUCCAAUUUGAUUUAUUUUUGUGUUUGCCUGUAAUAUUUCUUUUCUUUCUUUUCCUUGGGUAAUGAAUUUGCUGUGGUAUCAGUAAUGGAGUACUUGCACAGUAGUUUUUGGUAUACCGGGGAAAACAGUUCUAUCCCAAAGAAUUUUUUCCCCACUAUUAUUCCCAAAAUGCAAUACCACAAGACUCGGCCGCCAUUUUGGAUUUUCGAAAAGCAAAAGAACCAAUGACACACCUCGUAGGUUCAUCCAAUUUGGCGGCUUUGUUUAGACAUCAGUAGUUGAAUCUCCGUUGACGUGAGGAUUAAUGUUUAACCAUGCACGUUGGAGAAGUCUAAUCUAAGUUGGUGAUUAAUAUACUCUUAUCUAGUGAGGCACUAUUUUUAUCACGUUAAUAUUUAAUACGAAAAUAACUAGGACUAAAAGAAUAAAGAAUAUCCAAAUUUAA